GAGAGAGGCUCCUGUAGCUUCUCUGGAUUUGCCGUGACGCGCAGUGCUGUCUGAUGUUUGUGUGCCCACUGAAGCGAAGGAGAACCGUGGUGUCCACACAAAAGGAAUAGCUGUCCGAAUAUACUUUUUACGACAAAGAAGCACUAUGGAUGAAGAGGAGCAGUUUGUGAACAUUGAUCUGAACGAUGACAAUAUCUGCAGCGUCUGCAAGCUUGAGACGGAAACAGGGACCUUAUCUUUCUGCCAUGUCUGCUUUGAACUCAGCAUUGAAGGUGUCUCCUCCGCUACCUUGUUACAUUCAAAGUCCCUGCGUGGUCACAGAGACUGCUUUGAGAAAUGUCAUCUCAUUGCCAACCAGAAGCUGUCACAUUCCAAGGUCUCCCGAAGUGCCUACGAGGGCAUGAAGCUGGCCCUCAGCCAGAAACUGAACCGCAUCAUCCAGUAUGCCCAGAACAAAGACUCUGUCUCCUCCAGCGGCCUCAGCAGACGGGGGACCAAGCUUCUCUGUUAUGGCCAGCAGAGUGACCGCAAGCUGCUGCCCCAGUCAGAUGCCCAGGUGCCCCGCUACGCGCCCCGCUGGGACACGGGCAAAGCGACAGGGCUGCCUGAUUACACCAUGGGGAUGUUGGAGUGCCACACAGCGGAGGAGCUUGGGCUACUGCGGGAGUCACAAUCGGACGUUUGGUCCAGUGAUGGCAGGACAGGACUACAUGGCCGGAAUCAGUCAACAGCAGGACAGACAGAGCACAGGCACCAGAGCCGCAGCAGAGAUGAAUUGACAAAAAUGAGUGUGGAUGAGCUCCAUCAGCUGAAUGCCCAGCUGCUGAUGCAAAUUCAAAAGGUGUUCGAGGAGCUGACUGUGGCCGUGCAGGAGAAGGACUCAUUGGCGUCAGAGCUGCACGUGCGUCACAUUGCUAUUGAGCAGCUCUUUAAGAACUGUGCCAAGCUGCCCUGGCUGCACAUCAGCAGGGCCGGGGUCAAGGCCAGCAGCAGCAGUGGCCCUGUGGAGUGAGGUGCAAGGGUGGGGCUUCCUUCUCUGCUGCUGGGAGGAAGCUGACGAACACUUAAGCAUGCUGGCUGCAGUGAGGCUGAAAAUGCCUUCAUGUAUACUGAGAGACUUCUGUAAUGCUAUGAUUACACUGAGCUGUUAGAUCUGCAUUAGAGCAGGGCUGGGUCCGCUCCGCUCUCGUGGGUUGCAGUGAUGAUACAAGGAUUGAUGGUGCUGUGCUCUUUAAAACAAGCUUCUGGUCUGACAUGUGACCUGAACGUCACCCAACCCAAGUACCUAGGAUGCAUGUUAAUACCAGGUGGGGCUCAGAGUGUCAAGAUAUGACUAGAAUAUCUUUUAAUAUUUAUCUUAUUACAGACUGAAAAACCGUUUGUCUACAUUAAUUUUACAGAGACAAUUGCUGUUGGUUUUACUUUCUUUUUCUAAGUUGCUGUCAACCAUUUGAGUUUUUAUUGUUCUGUUUCAUUUUCUGUAGAUACAUUUCAAAGUUUUUCUUCUGAUUAUGUCAGACAUGAAUAUUCAGAUAUGAGUUUUAGCACUGCAUAAUACUCUUCCGUAUGCUACCUUGUGGUUUUCUGUAGAAAGUGGUUAGCCAGUCAGAAGUGAGUUACAGUAUUUUAUAACAUGGCACAGGCGUAUACUUGAUGCAGACUAGUUGGAUCAUUUCCAUCAUAUUCAUAUCAUCAGGUACUGCUAGCAGUAGUGUUUGAUUACAGUUCUUAUGUAAAGUGCUAACAAGGUUUAAGCUUUUUCAUGCAGCUGCACACUGGUAAUAACAUGGCUGGAAACAUGAGUUUUUGAGUUGCCUUCCAACUGCCAAAGUUCACAUGCUAGUUUGUGAGCAAGUGUGAGACAACAUUACAACAAAGACAAAUCAGAGUGUAAAAUUAACAGGGCUAUACCAGCUGUGCAGGUUUUUCUUUUUGGGGGCUCUGGCUAUUUUGGGGGUGUCCAUGAACUAAUCCUUUGUAACAGCUGGUUGGCAAGCAGCAAGUGGAAAUAUCAGUUAAUAUACGUUCUGGGGGAACCCAGUUUAAAGACGAGAAGUGUUUUGUUUGAAGUUUUGGCUUUAUAAUAACUAUUAUUGCUAGUGAGAUUUACUUGAUAUUUAGUACAGAGCUGCUUGUUGUCUGUGGUAUAGCUGUUAAGCACAAGUUAUAUGUAUGGCUAUACAUUGAAUGAGUACAUUGGAAGAAGAAACUAUUGAAAAAGAAACCUAGCUGCCAAACCAAAGUCUGUACUUGUUCUGUGUUUCACAUGUGAAUUGCAAGCAUUUGACUUAGAUUUCAUUAAUAGAAGAAGAUGCAAUACCAAACCGCUUUAAAAUAUGGCUUAGUGAUUUACUUCUGUGUUUGGUUCACUGUGUUUAAUAAUGAACCAUAGAUUUUUACUCUAAAGGUAUUGGUGUGGAAAUUAUUUGUUCUUAAAUACACAGUGUGUUUCAUGAAUUGUUUUAUUUAUCAUUUUCAUUUCGCUCUCGUUCAGUGUUAACAUUUGUUGCCCUCUCUCCUGCAUUGAGGUGUGACAGCCCAAGUUGAUGUCACAGCAAUACAAACAGGACAGUUUGGUCUACUGUGCCUCUAGAGGUCCAUGAUUUUUUAACAGGAAACAAUGAACGAUGUAGGGAGUGGUCUGUAGUUGUGCUGUAUUAUUCAGAAACCCUAUGCAAGAAAGAGACAAAUAAAACAAAAGCCUUAUUAAGUAGAAAUUAUCUGAAAGAAUAUUGGUCAUCUGAGUUUUCUCAGGUCAGAGCUACUAGUGUAUAAUAAGCUGGGGAAAGACAAGGUUAUAAUCAGAUUGAUGUGUAGAAAAACUCAGCAUUGUCAGUGUAUCUCAUUGCUCUCUCUUUGUAAGAGAUUAAAUACAUUUGACCCCUUUAGGGUUUAAAGUUAAAAGUUUUAGCUCCAUUUUAAUCCUCUAUCUCAGUUUUAUUUGGAUAACUGUAUUUAGUGUGCUUGAGUGUUUGGGAGUAUUAAGAUUACUGGUCCUUAAUGGAAAUUUCCAGUCAUUCAGUCUUCAGUUGUAUGUUUUAUUUUUGUGUUUUAAAUAUGAAUGCUGUGUGUUUUUGUAUACUGUGGAAACAUGCCUGGGCCUGUGCCUCUGCUCAGGCUGCCUGUUUUUGGUUGUCUCUUUAUCUUUUACCGAAGAUGUAAGCAUACCUGUUAGACUUCCACCUCCUUCCUUUUGGACUUGACUCUUUGUUCUUUUGUUUUCCAAUGUUGAACAAGGCUGCAUUUGUGUUGUGUGAUAUUUUACAUUCUAUUUAUUGUGUGUGUUCAUGGACAUUACACAGGCUGUGUGAUUAGUGCUUAAGUGACUUUGUAUUUUUUGUAAAAUACUCCAAUAAAAUAAGAUUAUUUUUA